CUUGCAAUCAUGAUGGUGAAAGAACCUAAACCUCAUUUCUUGAAACGAGCUGCAGUCUGGGCAUAUCAAAACAAAUUUGCAUCAUUUCUUAUCAUUACUACAGCAGUCUAUUUGGCAACAUAUCCCUUGAUUGAGCCUAAGGUGUCAACAUCAGGAGAGAGGGCAGCAUGGACAGACAAAAAGAAGUGAUGUAUUGCCAUGGGAUCUCAACAGCAUAGCUCACAGCUCCAUCUCCAUCAUCAGACACUAGACGACCCUUCAUUGCUUGCUGCACUCCAUAAUUUCUGUUAUCUCCUGUCUUCUUGCAUGGGACCGCCAUGGCCGUAUCAAAACCAUUCAAAAUUGCAUAGGAGGGCCUUUGAUGCUGACAUCCUGCUCCACUCGCCUACUUCAGUCUGUGUCAUUCUCUCGCCCAUGUUUGUGUCUUAUUGUUCAUAAUAUCCAGGAACACUUGAAUAAUCAUUAUGAUGGUGGCCUUUUGACAGGCACCUUGUGUCUGCAUCUUAUUAAAAAUGCACUUGACAUUCCAAAUGUGGAGAGAAAGUAUGUGAGAAAGGCUUAUGAAAUACUUGUGAACUGCGUCAAUGAUUAUAUUGCUUCUGAUGCCUGCCCAGUCAGAGUGAAUGUAGACACAUCAAAUGUUAGUGUUAUGUUGGCCUUUAUAAGAGGCAUAGUCUCCACCAAACCAGUAUGUGAUUUGAGGGGAGUUUCUUUACAUCACUUUUGUAUGGUAAUACUUAGAGCUUUUCUGAACUCUGUACCUGAUGUGCCCAAAACAUUUAGCUCAGACAGGAUUUUUGUUCUUCAUUUUCUUAAAUCAGACAUUAUGUUGACUGAAGUAUUAGAAGGAUUGUUAAUAGAGUUUUCAGAACUAUCAGCACUUCAUGGCGAACAAAAAUUGAAUCCUGUUUUUGCCACAACAACUGUGGGAAAUGUUAUUAAAACAGCUGUUGUGAGCAUUUCAAUGUCGGGAGAUGCUGAGGAGACAUUAAAUGCAAGGUACGAGGGUAGCAUGGAAUUGAUCCAGUCUGCUGCUGAUCACAUUGUGAGCAAGAUGAUUGCCUUCGUUGACUCGCUCGUAGAAAGAAAUGUGGGGCUGCUGUUAUGCCAAAAGGUUAUCCACCCGAAGGUGAAAUCCUAUCUGCGGCAGAGAGGGAUCAUCUUUGUUGAUCGUAUAGGACUCCAGCUCAUGCCCUAUGUUCUGGAUCUGACAGGAGCUACAGCAGUAACUUCAGUAUUAGUUUCACCAUCAGAGGAAUACAUUGGUUUUCUCAACAGUGCAGAUCAUCGCAUAGUCCAGAACAAAAGUUAUUUAUAUUUGAGGCAGACCAACAGUUUUGUGUGCACUCUACUUCUUUGUGCUGCUUGGGAUGAACAGCUUGCAGAACUUACGUCUGUUACCAAGUCAGUAGUGCAUAGUCUUUAUGAGGUGCUGAAGAAGCCUGUCCUGCUUUGUGGCGGUGGAUGCUGGCAGAUUCAUAUGGCGAGCUUUGUCAGGCAUCUGGUUUUAGAAAAAGAAGAGGAAAUGGGACACAAGCUUCACAUUUCCAGGGCACAGCUGAUGGCUGCUGCAGAAUCAUAUGCCCAGAGUUUUGAAGCUGUGGCUCGAAUUUUAGUGCCUGAUAUCAAAGACUGUUGGAUUGAUUGUGAAAACUGGCAUCUUUGGCAAGACCUGCCUGAUUCCACCAGUUCUUUGCAGACAAAAUGCUUUUCUUGCAAAUGUGGGCUUAUAGUGAAAUCAGAUGGGUCUGCCUUAAACCUGCAACCUUUAUCUGGAAGUGGUAGGAACAUUCAAGCACAUCAUCAGUUAAUAGCUGGUGAAUGUCACAGAAGACCACAUCUUAUUGGAAAACACUCUUGUUUUGAAAACCUCAUGCUUGACAGUCUGGAGUGUGUCAUGUCUGCAAUUAGAACAGCAGCAUUGAUGGCUUGUACAGUGCUAUCCAUUACUCAGUUUGUGCAUGAAUCUUGAUUGUUCUUGAAAGCCAGCCCACGCAGAAAACAAAACUAAAGGCUGUGUAUAUGUUUUAAAAAUCUUCAACCAAUUUGUUACAAAAAUAAAUUUGUUUCUGUAAAAGCAUAUGAUAAAUUGACUUCACAUUCAAAAGUAAUACCAUUGGUGUAGCUUGUUUAAUGACAUCCACAGCAGAAUUAUGAAGAUAUGUUGAUAGUUGACCCUAAAAAUUUUCUCUGGUGUUGGCCUUCAAUCAAGUGAUAUUUUUGUUGAGGUCUUUGAGGUAUGAUGUACGGAAUGAAUUUAAUAUUAGUAAAUUUGUUUAAUUUGUGGUGUCAAAGUGAUCCCUUGAUGCAAAAUCAAAUGACAAGGGUGCAGUUUAGAUAAGCGGUUCUCAACCAGUGGUACAUGUACCACUAGGGGUACAGCAAGGGUUUCACAGCGACAUAAAUAAGUGCAUGCCAUUAUGAAAAUAAAUACUUUUAUGUGCAAACUUACACAUGAGGGGUACCCGCAGACAUACCUUCACCUUUUGGGGGUACAGUCGCAAAAAUGGUUGAGAAUCUGGCUUAGAUCGUUUUGUCAUUUUUAGAAGUUGAGGCACUUGUUUUUGCAAGUGUGACAUUCUGGUAAAAUGUGCAUAGAUAUGUGAGUUUUGUCAUCAUUACAGAAAGAGAUGUGAAAUUCACAUGAGCGUGCGCAAGUGGAUGCCAGAUGCAUUUCAUUCAAGUGCUUGCCUUUCAUAGAGUAUGUUACAAGUGUGUGUGUGUUUCAUGCAGUUAUUCCUUACUCUUUGUUUCUUGCCUCUGCCAAGAAAUAAAAAAGUUCUCUCAGAGAAUGAAAAGCUAAAGGAA